GCAGCCCCUCCCUUCGCCGCUCUCCGGCUGGGCGUGGGACUGCGCGCUACGGAGGGAGGCGGGAGGAGGGCUUUGAUGGAUUGAACUGCAGUUGCGGGGCUGGAGGCUGGCAAGGAGCCGCUGGGAGCGCGCGCGGUCGGGGCUUCCUCCCGGGCGCCUCGUCGGGGAAGCGGAGCGGGGAAGGAGGCCUCUUCCCUCGGGAAGGGGGGCAGAACCCAGGAGGAAGAGGAGGAGGGCGCCGCCGCCGCUGCUGCUUCCCGCCUGAAAAAUGAAUGAAUGGGCCGGGAGGCGCAGCUGAACCGGAGCCCCGAGUCUCUCCGCCUCCCUCGCGGGUGGAAGGUCUCGCCGGCGAGCCGCCUUUGUUCGGCGCUCGGCAGGGCUGCGGAGUCAUGAGCGCCGCCGGCGGCCGCCGCCGCUCGGAGCCGGGCGCGUGGUGAGAAGGCGCCGCCGGAGCGAGGCCAGGCUCGCCUCCCCGCCAGAUCCGGGAGGAAGCUGCGCCCGGCGCAGGAGGCUCUUUCGGCGAGGAGCCGGCGCUCCGUCCCCCCGUGCGUCCGCGGCGCCAUGGGGAACAUCUCCUCCAACAUCUCCGCCUUCCAAUCGCUGCACAUCGUCAUGCUGGGCUUGGACUCGGCGGGCAAAACCACGGUGCUGUACCGGCUCAAAUUCAACGAGUUCGUCAACACGGUGCCCACCAUCGGCUUCAACACGGAGAAGAUCAAGCUGAGCAACGGCUCGGCCAAGGGCAUCAGCUGCCACUUCUGGGACGUGGGCGGCCAGGAGAAGCUGCGCCCGCUCUGGAAGUCCUACAGCCGCUGCACCGACGGCAUCAUCUACGUGGUGGACUCGGUGGACGUGGACCGGCUGGAGGAAGCCAAGACGGAGCUGCACAAAGUCACCAAGUUCGCCGAGAACCAGGGCACCCCCUUGCUGGUCAUCGCCAACAAGCAGGACCUGCCCAAGUCGCUGCCGGUGGCGGAGAUCGAGAAGCAGCUGGCGCUGCACGAGCUGACCCCGGCCACCACCUACCACGUCCAGCCCGCCUGCGCCAUCAUCGGCGAGGGGCUCACCGAAGGCAUGGACAAACUCUACGAGAUGAUCCUCAAGCGCAGAAAGUCCCUCAAGCAGAAGAAAAAGCAACGGUAGACCAGGAAACCCGGACGGAGCUUGAUCUCCUGGCUUGACACGUCCCUUACGGAGCAUCAGAUGAAUGCCUGGGCCCAUCCACCUCUCCAUGCUUUCCCAGACCCCUUCCGUUUGCUUCCCCAUUAAGAGGCAGGGUAUCGUUUUCGUGUUGGCUGGCACUUGGGAUGCAGGUCAGAUCUGCGCAUGUCCGCUUCCCCCUCCCGCUGCGAAGCCGCCAUGAGCCCGAGGCAGAGGAGGGAGCCUCGCCUGAGUUUUCCCAUUCUAGCAGGACUAGAAUACAGGCGAGGACCACAUGGUUUUAUCAGCUGCUUCCGUCCCUGUGGACUAACCCACACAACGCAUACCCUUGUUGAAAUUCCUCUGGAAGGUGUCUUUUUAACUAGAUCUGGAUAUAUGUAAUGGGAGAUGAAAGCCAGAAGGCUGGAUAGCGCAGGGCAGGACCCUGUUUCAUCUGGAUUAAAGUUUGUGCUGCCAUCUCAGGAUCUCGGUAGAAGCCCAAGGUGAUGUGUGCAUGAAGAACUAGACUUAAGAAAUACUGCUUGAUAGGGGAAAGAUGCUGUGGUUGGGAGGAGAAAAACUGAUGCAGAUGAAAGUACAUAUUCAGUGUAUAUUGCUUCACUGGCUCAUUGAAGCCAGCCUUUGUGGAAACUGGUUUUCAGUCUUAAGAUAGACAUCUCCAAGGUAUUUAUGGUCUGGCAUUGUGUCGGGUUCUUAUUACCACAGUCCACAUGAUGCGGUGCUACUUCCUGGAGUGACGUGUGUUUCGAGAAAAGUGUCCCUGCCAUUUCAGUUGGGUGUGAGGGUGUGCAGCAGUGCCUGAAAGCGGGGGGGGGGGGGGCAAGGAGGACAGCCCUUUAGGCUCCGUUCAGAACGCAACACCCAUGUACUGCUGUGUUAAAAGAGAAUUCUGUAUGUUGAUUGUGUGUUGAUGCACUUGAAAUGUAAAAUCUUGAGCUGCCUGGAUCUUUGGUGACCUGCGGCUGCUGCCUGGUGCUGUGUUCUAAGCAUUAUGCUAACAGAUUUUAUUAUCUUUUCAUAACCAGUCUAUACACUGUAGCAAUAACCAGGAAAACAUUUUCUCAAUCAUACUUUCUUACUGUAACAUUUGACUGCAGACAUCCCACCCCUUCUUCACUAAAUCCAAUCAGACUUAAAUACUCUGACUGGCCUUUCAAUCUAUUAGUGCAUCAUUCUGGUGAUUUUCAUGAACCAGAGGCCCAGCUCACUGCAGCAAUGAGAAGCAUUGGGUUGUGGGAGGAAGCCCAAAGACACUUUGACUAAGCUGAUGAAGUACAAAGAAGGAUUCCGUACCAAGUGGAUAUUCUGAAGAGAACAAAUAUUUUGUGUAAGCGAGAGAACUGCCCCCCGGGCUGACAAGUCACCUCAAUGGGUGGAAUUCUAAGUUCCAUCAGUGUAAGCAUUUGAGUUUGCCGGACCCUCCUCUCACUGUUCUGAGGGGGUUCUCUCAAUCGAGUAGAUUUGCAGGGAGGGGGAAGGGGGAAAUCCCAAUUCCUCUAGUGUGAGAACCUGUGCAGGGCUCCCAAACAAGAGAAUGGUUAGAUGAAUCCUGGCCAUUUUUUCUUUUUCAAUCCAUGGUUAGUUGUGCUGCUAAGCAUAAAGAAAAUGGCAAGAAUACUCUCCCCUUGUAGGAUUCCUGUGGAUUUCUGCAGUCCAGGAGAAAUUGGUAUUGUUUACAUGGGUUCUCAUCCUGCAAAACUAACAGUGCCAUCCUAUACGUGUCUCUACAGAAGUAAGACCCAUGAAAUAAAUGGGAUUUUCUCCACGGUAUUGCAGGUAACAGGAUUGCAGACCCUUGGAAUUCCAUGGGACUCCCUUCUAAAUAGGCAUGUAUAGGAUUGCACUGUAGGGCUGCAGCUAUAGUCAUACAGUUGUACCUCUUGUUACGUCAGCCUCCAGCUGCAUUUUUUCAGGAUACGAAUGUGGCAAACCCGGAAGUGUAUACUUCCAGGUUUUGCCGCAUGCACAGAAGCGCUCUGUGCACCUCGCACAUGCGCAGAAGUGGCACUCUAGUUGCAGACCUUUCUGGGUGUGAACAGCACCCCAGAACGGAUUGAGUCCAUAACUAGAGGUACCACUGUAUUUUACUUCAGAGCAAGUUCAUUUAGUUCAGUGGUAUUUACAUCUGAGCAAACAUGCAUAGACUCAGGUAUGCACACUUAACUUGGGAGCAAGGACCACUGAGCAUGGACCUCUGAGUGAACAUGCCUAGGAUCAGGCUGCACAGCCAGUGAUGAUACAGUAAGACUAUCAGGAAAACAGACUCAUGAGAAGUUGGGAAGGGAAUUUGAUCAUCUUUCCUAGAAUGGUUAUUAUAAAGGCUUUGCGUGACAAGCCCCUUUGUGCAUUAAAAAGCCUGUAAAAAAGAAAGCUUACAUGCCACAUGAGAGAGUUACACCUGUGGUUCACUGAUUUUAGCUUACUUAACUUCUGGAGCUAUGAUUAUCUGUUUUCUGCUUUAAAAUGUCCCAGAAACAGCAACAGAAGAAGCCUAAAUUGCCAAAGGAAGAGGAGAAAGGGGAUCUAAUAAAUGAUUUCCCCCUUUCACAGCAAGCUUACUUGAAAGGUCUUUGUAGGAAUCCAUGUAGGAAUUGCCAACUUUUUUUCUUGCAGGGCUUCUGAACCUUUUUACAGCUGCAUACUAGGUAAAUAUUCAGAAAGCCAAGUUCUUGGGUUUGUUCCCACUGUUGUAAUUUCAUGUUAGAAAAAGUUUUACCUGCUGAAUGUUUGCCUAUUGUGCAACUGUUUAGGGUACAGGAGCCCUGUUAGAUAAGAGGUUAGCUGGUAACCUCUGCAGUCAAGUAUUACUUACAUGCCUGGAGAAUUCUAGUUACAAGCAUAGAAACUUGUUCAUUGAUCUACAGAGCGGGCUGGUCCCAUUGUUUUAGAACACCAUAGAACUGUGGUUGUUGUUUUUUUUAAAUUGUUUUUAUCUUCUUCCACUCACAGCUCUCUCAAGCACAUUUGUUACCUCAUAACUGAGAGAGACACAGAGAGAAUAUAUUUAUUUUGAAACAAUAUUAAAAGCCAAAUGCUGUAAUUUUGUAAACACUGUUUAGGAAUUAGAAAAUACUGCUCAGAUCAAACUCCACUGUGCCAUAAAAGCCAGUGAGUAUGGGUUCUUUUGUCAUUGGCACAAAAUGUUUCUUACAAGCCUUAGAAACAAUCGCUAAAAGCUAAGUUAUCACAUAAUCUGCUCCUGCAGACCAAGUUGCACAGGUGCUAAGUGACUGGUGCUUAGGCCUUUAUCACCCCAGUUCAGCAAUACAAAGUAUUAGAUAUGCCAAUCUCUCUGUUGGACCAACUUCAGUUGGCACAGGAGUAUGCAGACUUGCGAGUUAUACAGAGUUCUUCAUCCAGCAGAAUGGAAAGGAUGUGGAUGGAUAACACUCAUAAACAUUUAAACACUUCUGUUUGGUGAAAACAACAAGCCUGAAAGAUCUUACACAUUUUCUGUGACCCAUAAGGCACCUAUAUUGUCUUUGAAGCAAAGCAUUUAAACAUAUUCCUGGCCUGGUGGAACCAUAUGCACCUCUUAGGCAGAAAUCCUAUAGACAUUUACCUGGGAGUAAGUCCUACUAAGCUUUGAUGGACUCAUUUCUGAGUAGACGAAUGUAGGAUUGCACUGUCAAGCACUUCCUUCCUUAACUAAGACCAGUAAAUGGGAGCUUGAAUGCCCAGUUGGUGCCCCUAGCAUGCAGACUGCUUUCUACUGCCAGUUGUUUUCUUGUUAUGAAUAGCCAGCACAGUCUUUCCUCUAGCCAAACACAGUCCUGACAGGCAUCUUCGUCAGUAAAUUGCCUGAUCAAAGGCAAAGGCCUGGAGAACGAAGGUGGCAAAAACACCUUGCCAUUAAAGCUUUAUAUUUGACCCUCCUUUGAGAACAAAUUCUUCCCACUCCCAGAUAUUUUGUCCUCUUCAAAUAAUGUUGGCAGAUUUUUAACAGAUGUUACAAGAUGCUAGUCACAUUUCAGAUGUUUUCUUCACCAUUCACCAAUUAAAGUAUUCUAGCAAAAAA